CAGAAGUGAUCGGCCAUUUUUGAUAAGGCUUUGUUGAGUGGAAGUUGUUGUCUCGAGUUCGCUGAUAAUUUCGGAUAUUGUAGUGAAUCAUUCAUCCUUGCAAUUACAUGAUAGGAUAUUCUCAUCGCUCUUGAAGGUAAUUGUACACUAAAUAAUAAGUAAAACUAAAGCAAAAUGGUGGAAACGGCUCGGGCUUUGCUCGACGAAUUGAUGGGUCGCAAUCGCAACCUGGACCCAUCGGUGAAGGUGAAAAAAGUGAAUUGGGACGAUCCGGAGUUUUGUCAAUAUUACCUUGUGAAGUUCUGUCCGCAUGAUCUCUUCGUGAACACGAGGGCCGACUUGGGUCAGUGCCCCAAGCUCCAUGAUGACGAAGCGAAGCGUCUUUAUGAGAAUGCAAGACCCGGCGCCCGGAAGCGUCAGUACGAGGAUGAUUUCUUGCGGUUUUGCAACAAUAUGAUCAACGAAGUCGAUCGGAAAAUACAGAAAGGCAAACAGCGACUGCUGCUCAUGAACAAAGGAGAAGGUGGGCCCGUCUACGUUUCUAAAUUUCAGGAACAGUUGAACAAUCUUAACGCUAGGAUAAAGAAGUUGCUAAACGAAGCAGAGGAAGCUGGCCACAGGGGCGACGUGGAUCAAGCACAGGGUUUAAUGACACUAUGCGAGCAAUUAAAAGAAGAAAAGGAAGCUUUACUCAGCCAACACGAUAGCGGCCAGUCCCAAGCAGUCCAAUCGUCCGCCAACUCGACGACAAGUUCGAUAGCCUCGGACGGACCUCCACCAGCCCCAACAGGAACGGCGAGUUGGGCUGCAGAUCUAAAUACAACACAAGAAAAACAAAUGGAAGUGUGUGAGGUGUGUGGGGCGUUUCUUAUAGUUGGAGAUGCCCAACAACGGAUCGAGGAUCACUUAACAGGCAAGCAGCAUUUAGGAUACUCAAAGCUUCGUAAGGCUGUGGAAGAAAUGCACGAACAACGGAAGAAGGAGCGUGAAUCAGAGGAGCGACGCAGGGAGGAGGAGAGGAAAGCGAAAUAUGAGAAUGGAAUGGAUCGCCGACGAGAUAGAGAGCGAGAUCGUGACAGGGAUCGCAGACGGCCUGAGAUAGAUGACCGCAGAAGGCGAGAAUUUUCAAGAGAGUUCGAACGCCGAGAUCGAGACAGAGAUCGUCACCGCGAUGUAGAUCGUCGCGAUCGGGAUAGGGACCGUAUGAGAAGAGACCGAGAUACCCGCCGAAGGAGUCGAUCACGUAGUCACAGCCAUCGAUAGAUUCCCGUAGCGAUAGUUCGUCCUAGCGUAUCACCACACAUUACACAUAAUUGAGCACUACUAGCCAAUUCAGCGUUGCAUUUACUCGUAAAAAAUUGAAAUGAUUAUACGUGAAGAGACAUUGGUGGGAGAGGGACUGGGACUUGGUUAGUUAGAAUUGCAAAUGACUGUAGAGACUUUGUUCGGUAUUUCACCCUACCAGAAAGUUUUCAUCGUUGGACGAUAUGCAUGCUUCCCAGGAGGAUUGGAUGCUUCAUCAACACCUACAAUUGCAGAAUGUAAAUUGAAAUCUAAUCACAGGUAACGACCAUUCUCCUAGAUCCUGUAAAAAGUAUUACCGUGCUACCAUUAUCCGGGCAUAUCGUUAAAUUUUAAUCGUUUUACAUUAAAAAAUCAAUGACAAUAUGGUCACAGAUAAUGCGGUGAAAAGAUAUAAGCUGCGGUUUAAUAUUAGUUAUCCAGAAGUAAUAUAACAUUAAUAUAGAAUUCCUUUAAUCUAACGCUGACAAAAUAUUAUUUUGUAUUUGAGUUCCAAAGCUUUUCCAACUAUAAUUUGAAAUAUGAAU